UCAACCACCUCCCACCUGGCUGUUGUAUAUAAAUGGCCGGACGGUGGCAGUGCAGGGUCGGGUGGCCGUUUAGAAACGGCCUCCCCACCCCCUGCUUGUGCACGCUCCCUGGGAGCGCACAGCACCUCCGGACACAGACGAACACCGAUCGUCGUAUGGGACCUCUCUGCGAGGUCCUGAUCAUGUGAUCACUGAUUGGCCAAUCAGUGAUCACAUGAAUAGUAGUAAGCAAGAUGUCACUUCCUGACAUCAUUGUUUACUACUAGUGAAAUCCGUGAAUGAUCACAGAGGUCACAUGGUACAAGGC